CUCUCGUCUAUCAUUCUUACAGUUGGGUUUAGCCCCGCCCAAUAAGGCCUGGUCUGUCAAUCAAGAGGCGCACGCUUUACUGCAGGUGCGAAGCUGGGCAGGCUCCGGGCUAACUACUGCAGCGAAGCCGAGAAGAAAACAAACAUUUCACGAUGGCGUCUGCAAAUGCCACAUACGGACAAAAGGAGUCCUCGGACCAGAACUUUGACUACAUGUUUAAAAUUCUUAUCAUCGGCAACAGCAGCGUUGGCAAGACGUCCUUCCUCUUCCGCUACGCGGACGACUCGUUCACGCCGGCCUUUGUCAGCACGGUGGGCAUCGACUUCAAAGUCAAGACCAUCUACAGGAAUGACAAGAGGAUAAAGCUGCAGAUUUGGGACACGGCUGGCCAGGAGCGAUACAGGACCAUCACCACAGCCUAUUACAGAGGAGCCAUGGGCUUCAUCCUCAUGUAUGACAUUACCAAUGAAGAGUCCUUCAACGCUGUGCAAGACUGGUCCACUCAGAUCAAGACCUACUCGUGGGACAAUGCUCAGGUGCUCCUGGUGGGGAACAAGGUUGAUAUGGAAGAUGAACGUGUGGUGGCCACAGAAAGGGGCCGGCAGCUGUCAGAACAGCUUGGUUUUGAGCACUUUGAAGCGAGCGCCAAAGAUAACAUCAACGUGAAGCAAACCUUUGAGAGGCUAGUGGACAUCAUCUGCGAAAGGAUGUCUGAGAGCUUGGACAACAAUGACCCCUCCGUCACCGGAACCAAACAAGGGCCGCAGCUCACUGAGCAGCCGCAGAGGUCCCAUCAGGACUGCGCUUGCUAAAUGCAAUGCACACACACGCACUACAUCUCCCAUCCUGGAACCCAUAGUCAAUCCCUUUUUUAAUGUAUCUUAUCCGUUGGUCAUGUCAACAGCCACGCAUUUAUUGAAUACACCCCCCCACCCCCCGAGCUGACUGCUGCUGAGACUAACGAACCUACUUCCUCUUCAUAAACAGUCGAUUCCCAAAGAUCUGCUCUAUGAGAUCUAUAUUAUCCUCACAGCAUACUGCUAAUUGAGUCACGGGAUGAGUGCUCUUUUAACAUGCUCAUGUUUCCGUGUUGACCCCAACACACAAAAUCCAUUGUUGUCUGUAGUUUGGUCACAACCCUUCCUGCCAUUCACAUUCACGCCUCUAGUCCCCUCCAUUUUUUUCCCCCAUUGUCCCACUGAGCAGUUUAUAUCCAAGUUGAUCAAAGAUUCAUCAGUCCAAGUGUUUGUAUAAUUUAUGACGGAAACUUAAAGCAAAAGACAAUGGAUCCUGUGUAUGAAAUGUUAUUUAAGAUUUUAUGUUGCGCCUUUCAAGCUUUUUAACUUAAGAACACGCUUCUUUAAAGUAGGCUGUGGCAUCAAUUUAGGUUUUGAUGCGCAGACCCUCAGUGUUGAAUAUUAUAGCUUAAUAUGGUUUUGUUUUUCCCCAAAGUUUUAUCACUACAGUAGAAAUGGGUGGGCUGGGUGACGUGAACAUGGCAGAUUUUGAGCAUUUCCUCAAAAAGAAUCCAAUGUUGAUACUUUUAGGUGGUUUAUUACACUCAGGAUGUGGUCAACUCUAAAGCUAAGAAAAUUACACACAUUGUGCAGUAAAAUUCAAAAUGACAUUUUUUGAAAGACUGCUAGCUUAAUCCUACUAUACAAUAGUAGACAUUGUAUGGAAACCACCAGUUAAUUAAAAAAAAAAAAAAAAAAAAAGAACAGAGAUCAGACGACAUGAAAUAGUCUAGCCUGAUGCUACUCACAAACUUUUAGGGAUAUUUUUUGCAGGUCAAAUUUCUGCUAAAAUGCGGGCUGACUUUUAAAGUUCUUGUUCAUAAAAACAUGAAUAUGAAAAAAGACAAAUCUAUGACUAAAAUGUGGAGUGAGCCCAUCAACCCUCCGUUAGAUAAGAAAUUUGGAGCGAUUCUGUUCGCAUCCGUGGUCAUCUUUCACAGUGGCAACAUGCGGUUGGUUGGCUAUCUAUCUAAGCUAACAUUUGCUUUUUGGGUUGUCUGCUGGCAUGGUCGCUUUAGAGUGCCUUGCUGUGGGUCGCGACUGCAUGCGCAUGUCACCGAGAGAACGAUGGAAGUAAGGGCUGGUGGGUAAGCGCCUCAUUGUUGCCCCGUGUGGCCUAAAAGUAGAUGACCUUCAAAAUUUUGUGAAAUAUUUCACCUGAAAGAUCCCUAGCGUUAUGAAAGUAGUGAAUAAAUAAAUGUAUGACUAUAUAUAAAGCCAAUAGCUAUGCACAUAAAGAUGCAUAUAAAAUGGAGAUAAUACAUUAUACAUAAAUAUGCUUUUUAAUGCUGGAUUCCAUCGUUAAGGUGCAUGUCGUUGGUGUUGCUGGUUAACCGGGCAGGUUGUCACAUCUGACAAGUUUUUUUUUUUUUUUUUUUUUUUUUUGUCACCUUAGACUUGCCAGCACAUCAGCUCCUACUCGGUCUGUUUUAUGGGAAAGAACUAUUUAUUUUUUUGCAUGCAGGUCCAAUGUUAAAACUUGAAUUUAGUUUGGUUUGCCUGUGUGUGUGUGGUGUGCAUGUGAGAAUAUGGUGUCGCUUUUAUUACUUUUUUGUAUUAUUUAUAACUAUUUUU